AUGGAGAAGAGCUGGAGUCUCCAGGGGUUGUUGGAGUGGGGCUCACGACUCGUUCAUCCUUUUUCGACCACGUACGAUCACCUUGAUUUGAUUGGAUGUUUUGUAAAUAGGUAA